CAUACAGGGGGUUACAUAAUAAGUGCCUGUUUCCACUCCCUCUUUCUCCCCUCACCUGGGGCUUGGUAAACUUCUGGUCCUCACCCCUCGACUGUGGCCCUCUCUUGGGAAACAAGAACAGGUCCAGCACCCAGGUGCAGAUGUGGGCAGGGAAGGGCACAUGUGGCAGAGGCUUGGGUGGCUUUUACUGCCCUAGUGAGAGUUAAUACAUUACCUCUGCCCAGGCCCCCCUUUCGUAAUCCGGAGCUGGGCAUCUGGUUAUAGAUUUACUUCGAACAAUGCCUGAUACGUGGAGUAAAGUCCUCCUCCUUGGCCUUUGUAAAGUCAUCCCCUCUUCUCUUCAGGAACUGCUCAAACCUGUGCCCCAAAGAUGAGGGCCCACGAGGACCCCGAGGGCCCGACACAGCAUGAAUCCCCCAGGGACCCUCCGACCCACCUACCCACAGAGCCUAAGUUUGACAUGUUGUACAAGAUUGAGGACGUGCCGCCUUGGUACCUGUGCAUCCUGCUGGGCUUCCAGCACUACCUGACAUGCUUCAGUGGCACCAUCGCCGUGCCCUUCCUGCUGGCUGAGGCGCUGUGUGUGGGCCACGACCAGCACGUGGUUAGUCAGCUCAUCGGCACCAUCUUCACGUGCGUGGGCAUCACCACUCUCAUCCAGACCACCCUGGGCAUCCGGCUGCCGCUGUUUCAGGCCAGUGCCUUGGCAUUUCUGGUUCCAGCUAAAGCCAUACUGGCUCUGGAGAGAUGGAAAUGCCCCUCGGAAGAGGAGAUCUACGGUAACUGGAGUCUGCCCCUGAAUACCUCUCAUAUCUGGCACCCACGGAUACGUGAGGUCCAAGGUGCAAUCAUGGUGUCCAGCGUGGUGGAGGUGGUGAUUGGUCUGCUGGGGCUGCCUGGGGCCCUGCUAAACUAUAUUGGGCCUCUCACAGUCACCCCCACUGUCUCCCUCAUUGGCCUCUCUGUCUUCCAAGCUGCUGGCGACCGAGCUGGCUCCCACUGGGGCAUCUCAGCUUGCUCCAUUCUCCUGAUCAUCCUCUUCUCCCAGUACCUGCGCAACCUCACCUUCCUGCUGCCUGUCUACCGCUGGGGCAAGGGCCUCACUCUCCUUCGCAUCCAGAUCUUCAAAAUGUUUCCUAUCGUGCUGGCCAUCAUGACCGUGUGGCUGCUCUGCUAUGUCCUGACCUUGACAGACGUGCUGCCCACAGACCCGAAAGCCUAUGGCUUCCAGGCACGAACCGAUGCCCGUGGUGACAUCAUGGCUAUUGCGCCCUGGAUCCGCAUCCCCUACCCCUGUCAGUGGGGCCUGCCCACAGUGACUGCAGCUGCCGUCCUGGGAAUGUUCAGCGCCACUCUGGCAGGCAUCAUUGAGUCCAUUGGAGAUUACUACGCCUGUGCGCGCCUGGCUGGUGCGCCACCCCCUCCAGUACAUGCUAUCAACAGGGGCAUCUUCACCGAAGGCAUUUGCUGCAUCAUCGCGGGGCUGUUGGGCACGGGCAACGGGUCCACCUCUUCCAGUCCCAACAUUGGCGUCCUGGGGAUUACCAAGGUGGGCAGCCGGCGCGUGGUGCAGUAUGGUGCGGCUAUCAUGCUGGUCCUGGGCACCAUCGGCAAGUUCACGGCCCUCUUCGCCUCGCUCCCUGACCCCAUCCUGGGGGGCAUGUUCUGCACUCUGUUUGGCAUGAUUACAGCUGUGGGGCUGUCCAACCUGCAAUUUGUGGACAUGAACUCCUCUCGCAACCUCUUCGUGCUCGGAUUUUCCAUGUUCUUCGGGCUCACGCUGCCCAAUUACCUGGAGUCCAACCCUGGAGCCAUCAAUACAGGCAUUCUUGAAGUGGAUCAGAUUCUGACUGUGCUGCUGACCACGGAGAUGUUUGUGGGCGGGUGCCUUGCUUUCAUACUUGACAACACAGUGCCAGGUAGCCCAGAGGAGCGUGGUCUGAUACAGUGGAAAGCUGGGGCUCAUGCCAACAGUGACACGUCUUCCAGCCUCAAGAGCUAUGAUUUCCCCAUUGGGAUGGGCAUAGUAAAAAGAAUUGCCUUUCUGAAAUACAUUCCUAUCUGUCCAGUCUUCAAAGGAUUUUCAAGUUCAAAAGAUCAGUUUGCAAUUCCAGAAGACACUCCAGAAAAUAUAGAAACUGCAUCUGUGUGCACCAAGGUCUGAAAAAUGACUUCCAGGAAAGGAAGCGUGGUAUAUAACAGGAAAAGAAAACGACAUGGGGAACCAGAAGACCUAAGUCUGAAAUCCCAGCCCUGCCCCUAACUAACUUCUAUGUAAACUCAGAUAAGUCAUCUUUCUCUGGGAUUCAAUUUUUUGCAUCAGUUAAAAAAAAAUGCCGCGGGCAGCGGGAGAUGGGCCAAAGUCUGAGUCUUAGAGACUCGUACCAAUGUUAUGCUAUGUCUCUAAAUCUUUACUCUCUUAAGUAGACCUGUCAGCAUCUAGGAAGAAUAGAAAUUUUCCUCUGUGGUAUUUUAGACUGUAAGUUGAUAAAAAUAAAAAGAAAUGAGGACAGGUUCCAGGGCCUGAAAUGUAGGUAUGCUGGAAGGCUUUUACAUUGAAUUUGACCCUACAUCACUUCAAGACUAAUGCAUAAUAUUAAACAUCAUGUUGAAGAAAUAA